AUGGCAGAAACUGGGAAGAUAACACCAGUUGCUAUUGAGAGUAAAUCAUCAAAUUCUAAAUCCGAUUUCAAAGUUGAAGGAGCUCGAUAUCGUGAUCCAAUUAUGCCGGAAUAUUAUGGGAACAGUUUCGAUAGAAUGCGACAGCAAUUUUUAACAUCAAAUUACGGAAGCUAUUCAGGGAAUGCAUUAUCAAAUUAUGAUCGGUAUGGUUACAACAGCGGAUCUGGAAAUAAAUUUGGAUCGAGUUACGAUCGAUAUGAUUCAACAUACAAUCGAGACAAGAUUGGUGUUGGCGUCAGCCCUUUAGGUACAAAUGACAAUAAGUAUAAUUACACACCAGGAUCGACUUACGCUCCUGGUUUAGGAAAUAAUUAUGGCGUAGGCAGUUACGGAACUCAAGUUAAUGGACCAUAUCCUGGACCUCCUGGGAAUCUUCCUUCAGACAUCCACAGUAAAGCAUCAUCGAUCCUUCUUCCAUUAGCUGGUGCAGCUUUACUUGGAAUCGCAGCUUACACUUUAGUUUCAAAUCCAUCAGUGCCAAAUGGCAUCACUGCCAAACCACCGUUGUAUGGGAGAAGACGAAAACGUUCACUUUUCGAUGAGAAACUUGAACAACAUUUAGCCUAUCGCGCUCAUCUUCGACGACAAAAGAAGAACAUUAAAUAG